AAGGGAACUAACAGAUUACUCAUACUCCACACUACCUUAUUGCUUCUGUACAGUACAGUGUACAGUACAGUGUACAGUACAGUACGAUACAGGUCCUGAUCAAGUGGAGAUUCCUAAACUCCAAUUGAACAAUUAAUCUGCUGGACGGGAUCAUUAUCAAUUCAUCAUGCCAUCUCCGCGAGGCUCCACCGCCGAAUCCGGCAACAGACAAGCAUCUCCAGCCGACCAACAAGCAUCCAAAGAAAAGAAGCUGUCUAUACUACGCCAGUCGAUUGCAGAUACACAAACCCAGAUCGCCGACUUGGAGGCUCAGAUCGCCGAAGCCAAGGCCCACUUGAAGAACGACCCAAAAGCCACGGUGCAACAACAUAUCCGUCUGUUGCACGAAUACAAUGAAAUCAAGGACGUCGGGCAGGGACUACUGGGCCUGAUUGCAGAUGCGCGGGGAGUGCGACAAAUUGACGUGCAAAGAGAGUAUGGAGUGGGCGAUCGCGAUUGAGAAUCACCCUUCCCGUGGCAUUACAACAACUACUAAGGGCUUACGAGACAGGGGAGCUUGAGUUGUGUUCUUUUACUCCAUCUCAAAUUUUUGUUUCUAUAUGAGGGGAAAGUCUCCAAUAAGAGGUACAAGAGGUACAAUACAGGUCAUCGACCUGUGCGCACGGCAAGGAGGGGAGGCUGUAUUCUAAUUCGCCUCCAAGAAAAACAGGUCUCAUGUUCUCCAUCGAAACCCCAAGAUACCACCAGCCAACUCCACAACAUGGUAAAUGCGAGUCACAA